AAGAGUUGUUUUUCCUUUUUAUAAAGAUACCUAAAACAUGAAAUUUAGCCAGUAUUUAGAGCAGCAAUGGCAGAACGUUCGUAAUAGGUCCAUGGGCAGAACAAAUACAAUGAAAAAUAGGCGUUUUGGUCCGCACCAAGCUAAUUAACAAUGCAAAAACGCUCUUGUCAUGAAUAUCACUUGGAUGAAUGAAGCUACUUUGGCUUGGCUUGCCGACUGACUGAUUGUGAAUAAACAUCACUUAUAGUCGAACUUGGCAGUCCAAUGGAUAUUUUUUUAGUAGCACGAUGCGGACAAAAGGUUAACAUUCUUUCACACCGAACUGCCUUGUAUACGGAAUUAUAAUAAGAAUAUUGAAAACUAGAUAUUAUUUUCGUAUAUUAAAAUCAACCGGUGAGUGAACAUGCCGGGUUCUUUAACCUUAUCCAACCAGUUUGAAGACAGAGAUAUAAUCAAACGAUUUGGCGUGAAAUAUGAACGAUCAGAAAGAUUUAAAGGGUGGAUGUUAGAACAACUAGACAAGUAUCACUGUCACCGUAUCUUAGAGGCCGCUUGCGGCGCAGGUGUGGAUUCCUUAUUGCUCUUGGAGAAAGGCUUUCAUGUCACUAGUUCGGAUGACUCCCAGCAAAUGGUUAACUAUGCAAGACAAGUUAAAGAGGAGAAGCAAAUUGAAAACUGGGAAAUAUUAAAGGCUAAUUGGUUAUCUCUGAGAGACGAUCUCCACGGGCUUGGAACAUUUGAUGCGGUAUUGUGUGUUUCAAGUUCCAUCAUCUGUCUCAUUGAUGAAACACCAGAUCUGGCCCUCUAUCGUCAGAGUUUCAAAAAUUUCAAAUCAAUGUUGAAACCCGGAGGGAUUCUCCUCAUCGACCAUAGGAACAUGGAUGCCGUCAUAGACCAAGGCAAACCGGUCAACAAGAACGUUUAUUUCAAGCACAAUUCAAUAGCUAAUAUGGAGUCCAAGCUUCUGACAAAUGGAGGAAACCCGUUUGCAGCAAAUAUUACAUAUGAUAUGAUCCAGGAACCAAGUGAUCGACAGGAUUCUCUUCCAUCUAAGGGGAUCGUUGAAAAAGUGACGAUCCCUUUGCAAGCAAUCCGGACGCAGAAAUUUACAAGUCUUCUGAAAGAGGUUUUUGGGGAAGACUGUGAAUACAACAUUUUUGCUGAUUUCAAGUCAUGUGGAGAGGUGGAUAUACCGGCAUAUUAUCAAUAUGUCUUCCGCAAAACAACAUAAAUCAGUAACCAGUUUACCUUGUGUCAGUGGAGGAUCCUGGAUUUUCCAAAA